AUGGCCCCGCCCCGAUACGUGCCUCCGCUCAACUUUGCGUUGGUGGAGGAUGGUAUCUAUCGCCUGGGGUUCCCCAUGCCCAUCAACUACCCGUUUCUCGAUGAUUUGGGCAUCAAAACCAUCGUCUACUUGGGCGACUUGGGGAUGCCGCUGACACGCAAGGAGAAGAAGAAAGACAAGCACGGCACCGUUGAAAUCAUGCAGGCCUACGAACAAUGGAUCGAAACAGAAACCCUGAUCAAAUUCCACAAGUUGCUCUUUGAAUCACCCCAAGAACCGUUCACAUUGGUGCUGGCAGAAACUCAAGCCCACCAGCUGUUACAAGCGGCGCUUCAACUCAUGCUUGAUAAAGAUAACUUCCCGAUGUUGGUCCACUCUAAUAAGGGUAAACACCGCAUCGGAGUGCUUGUGGGGCUCAUGAGAAAGAUGCUACAAGGGUGGCUGCUAGCGGCGAUCUUUGACGAGUACGAGAAGUAUGCCAUGGGCAAGCUGGAGUAUGACCUCGAGUUUAUUGAGCUAUGGAACCCGGAGUUGGAGGUCGACGACACCCGCAAACCCGAGUUUGUACGAAUAUAG